AUGGCCGUUUGUAAAUAUUGUGGUGAGACCUGCCUUGGUCCUGGUCAUUGUGGCUGUUCAAACAGAACUGUAGGAGGAGUCUGUCCUAAUUUUGAAUGUUUUCCUCCUUGUCAACACGGCGGAGAAUGUUUCGGACCAAAUAAAUGUGCCUGUCGACCAGGAUAUGCAGGAGAUUUUUGCGAUGUUAAUCCAUCUGAUAUUAUAUUUGUGAUAGACGAAUCAGGUAGUGUUGGUAAUGCUAACUUUCGUGUAACCAUGGAGUAUCUGGCCAAUGCUGUUAAUAGACUCCCUGUCAGAUAUGACUUGGUGCGUGUUGGUAUGGCUUUAUUUGAAACUUCUGCCAGGAACCAGUUCAACCUCGAUGAAUUUCAUACAAAGAAGACUCUGACAGACGCUAUAUUAAAGACACAUUUCGGAAGUGGUGGAACAGCUAUUGAUCAAGCACUUGGUUUUGUAUGUGGGGGUAUGUUUACACGCGAGAGUGGAGCACGAUCUCAUAGCCAUAGUAUUUUGGUGUUGUUAACUGAUGGACAGUCAUCUGAAAGAAACAAACCUGGUCUGGCAAAAUGUAGAAGCAAAAACGUAACAAUAAUUGGGAUAGGAAUCGGGGGCAACGUUAAUGAACAACAACUCAGGUCUUUGGUCUCCCAACCAGAGUAUUAUUUUGAUACGACUUAUAAAAACCUGGAUACCACUUUGCCAAAACUGUUAAAAACUAUAACAGAUUUUUGUCCACCAGGUUGCCAAAAUGGCGGAACUUGCAUUGCUAGAGGAAAAUGUGACUGUCCAGGGGGAUAUGCAGGAAAUCUGUGUCAAACUCAAGUGACAUGUAGUCCAACAUGCAAAAACAACGGGAAAUGUUACGAUACGAACAAAUGCCGAUGUCAACAAGGUUUUAAAGGAUCUAUUUGUGAUAUUCCUAUAUGUAAUCCUGAGUGUAAGAACAAUGGAACUUGUUCUGCACCUGACACAUGUGUAUGCGUAAAUGGGUAUAGUGGAGGCUUGUGUGAAGUGAAUUUAGAGUUUUGUCGACCAGGCUGCCAAAAUGGUGGAACUUGCAUUGCUAAAGGAAAAUGUCUCUGUCCAGAGGGAUAUGCAGGAAAUCUUUGUCAAACUCGAGUGACAUGUAAUCCAAAAUGCAAAAACAACGGAAUAUGUUACGAUUAUGACAAAUGCCGAUGUCAACAGGGUUAUCAAGGAAAUAUUUGUGAUAUUCCUAUAUGUAAUCCUGAGUGUAAGAACAAUGGAACUUGUUCUGCACCUGACACAUGUGUAUGCGUAAAUGGGUAUAGUGGAGGCUUGUGUGAAGUGAAUUUAGAAUUGUGUCGCCCAGGCUGUCAAAAUGGCGGAACUUGCAUUGCUAAAGGAAAUUGUCUCUGUCCAGAGGGAUAUGCAGGAAAUCUUUGUCAAACUCGAGUGACAUGUAAUCCAAAAUGCAAAAACAACGGAAUAUGUUACGAUUAUGACAAAUGCCGAUGUCAUCAGGGUUAUCAAGGAAAUAUUUGUGAUAUUCCUAUAUGUAAUCCUGCGUGUAAGAACAAUGGAACUUGUUCUGCACCUGACACAUGUGUAUGCGUAAAUGGAUAUAGUGGAGGCUUGUGUGAAGUGAAUUUAGAGUUGUGUCGCCCAGGCUGCCAAAAUGGCGGAACUUGUAUUGAUAAAGGGAAAUGUCUCUGUCCAGAGGGAUAUGCAGGAAGUCAUUGUCAAACUCGAGUGACAUGUAAUCCAAAAUGCAAAAACAACGGAAUAUGUUACGAUUAUGACAAAUGCCGAUGUCAUCAGGGUUAUCAAGGAAAUAUUUGUGAUAUUCCUAUCUGUUAUCCUGAGUGUAAGAAUAACGGAACUUGUACUGCACCUGACACAUGUGCUUGCGAAAAUGGAUAUAGUGGAGGAUUGUGUGAAGUGAAUUUAGAGUUGUGUCGUCCAGGCUGCCAAAAUGGCGGAACUUGCAUUGAUAAAGGGAAAUGUCUCUGUCCAGAAGGAUAUGAUGGAAAUCUUUGUCAAACACGAGUGACAUGUAAUCCAGAAUGCAAAAACGGAACAUGUUACGAUUAUGACAAAUGCCGAUGUCAUCAGGAUUAUCUAGGAAAUAUUUGUGAUAUUCCUAUCUGUUAUCCUGAGUGUAAGAAUAAUGGAACUUGUACUGCACCUGACACAUGUGAAUGCGAAAAUGGAUAUAGUGGAGGCUUGUGUGAAGUGAAUUUGUCAAAAUAUGUUCGCCAGGUGAAUGUAAUAGCAGGACUUCCCAAGAAUAUUGUCAUUGCAAUAGUUGCAAGUUUAUGUUUUCUUAUGAUUAUCAUGGUUGCAGUAUUCAUGUUUCUUGGGAAAACCAGAAGAUUACAAUCUGGCAUACGAACAAUAAGAAAUACCAUUAGAGUAACUGAACCAGCCAGUGGAAAUAACCGAGCCCAGAUGUCGAACAACGAUGAUGAUAUAUAUUUUUACGGUGCAAUGGAAACACAAGGACAAGAUACAUGGACGAUCGCAAGACAAGAUUUAUCUUUAGAAACAGAACUUGCACGUGGUCGAUUCGCCAUAAUUUAUUUGGCUCAAUACUUUAACCACCAGGAUGUCAGAAAAGUUGUUGCAAAAACUUUAAAAGAUGAUCAGAAUCAAGAUAAUGUCAUUAAGAUGAAAGGAAAGAUAAAUUUUUAUGGGACAAAAAUUGGACAUCACAAAAAUAUCUUGGAUUUUAUUGGAUCUGUUAACGAUGAUAUUCGUGGUCCUAUCAUGGUUUUGGAAUAUUGUUCUAAAGGAGUUCUGAAAGAGUUUCUAGAGUCCGCCAGAUCAAACGUCACUGUGGAUUUAGAGGAAAGAUUGUUUCGAAUAACACUUGCUAUUUGUGAAGGAAUGGAUUACUUAUCCUCUCAGCAGGUGGUACAUAGGCGGUUAGCAGCACGCAAUGUGUUACUCAACGAUCAGUAUGUUCCAAAAAUCACAGGAUUCGGCCCGGAUCCGGAAGCAAUUCAGACCGAAACCGGAGACACAAGAAAAUCUGAGAGAAUUCCAAUUAAAUGGAUGGCUCCAGAAUGUAUGAAAUCAACUAAAUAUGCAAACGAGUUGAGUGACGUGUGGUCAUAUGGAAUCGUUAUGUGGGAAAUAUUUUCUCUUGGUGAAACACCAUAUCCAGGUAUAAAAAACACAGACGUAUUAAGUGUUGUUAAGCGUGGCACUAAAAUGAAGAAGCCAGAGCUAUGUGAUGACACAUUUUACAAAAUCAUGCUGAAGUGUUGGCACUAUGAUCCACGUAAACGUUCAGGAUUUGAGCAAAUCAAGGAGGAAUUGAGCAAGCUUUUCACAGAAGAAACUGGUGACGACGACUAUUACAUGUACUACAAAUCAAACGAAAAGUGAUCAUUUUCGGCGUAUAGAUGAUUGUAUAUCAACUUCUUGAUAUCAAACAACAGAUUCCAUGAUUAGACAAUUAAACCAGCAAUGUUGU